AUGGAUAUUCCUUCACAUCCAGGCAACAACACAACUGAUAGUGGUGAUGAGUUUGAUGAGACUGAUGAUGAUGAUGAGUAUGAUGGGAUGGAUGAUACUGCAAUUUAUCAUCGGAGAAGACGGGCUGCAUAUUUUGAUAAGAUGCCGUGCAGGACAAAUAAAUUACAGGGUACGAAAUGGGUAGCUGAAAUUUUACAUGGAUACCCAGAUAGAUGCUACCAGACUUUUAGGAUGAAGAAAGAGAUUUUUCGAGACCUAUGUUAUCAACUAAGGGAUAAGUACAUGUUACGAACAAGUAACUACAUUCAAAUAUCAGAAAUAGUUGGGAUGUUCCUCUUCACAUUGGGCCACUGUGCAGGGAAUAGAUUAGUGCAGGAAUGUUUUCAGCAUUCUGGAGAAACAGUUAGCAGGAUGUUCCAUGAGGUAUUGCAUAGUGUGUACUUGUUAUCAGUGGACAUCAUUAAACCAUGGGAGAACCAAUUUGACAAAGUCCCAGUUAAGAUUAGGGGUGACCCAAAAUAUAGCCCCUUUAAAAAUUGUGUUGGUGCCAUCGAUGGAACACAUAUCCCAGCUGUGAUUCCUAAACCUGACAGAGGUCGAUUCAUUGGGAGGAAAGGCACAACGACCCAAAAUGUAAUGGCAGCGUGUGACUUUGAUAUGCUGUACAUAUUUGUGUCAGCUGGAUGGGAGGGAUCAGCACAUGAUGCACAUGUGUUCCAGGAUGCAAUUUCAACACCGGAAUUACGAUUUCCAAUGCCACCUCGAGGAAAGUAUUAUCUGGUUGAUGCGGGGUAUCCUAAUAGGACCGGUUUUCUUGCACCCUAUAAAGGUGAGAGGUUUCCUAUAUUGAGGAAGAUGCCAUCUAACCCCUAUGAAACCUAG